AGCGUCUUGUGUACGCAUUAUUGUGAGGUUAAGCGGCUGAUAAAGUUUUCACACGUGUUUUACCCAGAGACUCCUCCGUGAAGCGAAGGUUCGCCGAGAGGUUGUCACACGAAUACUUUUAUCCAAAGACAAAUCCAACAACUUGAUCAGAAUGGCAGAAGAAGUCAACCCAAAAGCCUACCCUUUGGCCGAAGCUAUCUUAACCACGAAAAUCCUGAACCUGGUGCAACAAGCAAUGAACUACAAACAGCUGCGUAAAGGAGCUAAUGAAGUCACAAAAACUCUGAACCGUAACAUUGCAGCCUUUAUUGUAAUGGCUGCAGAUGCCGAACCCUUGGAAAUUUUACUACAUCUCCCACUUUUGUGUGAAGAUAAGAAUGUGCCCUAUGUGUUUGUGCGUUCCAAGCAGGCUCUUGGACGUGCUUGUGGUGUAUCAAGGUCAGUGAUUGCCUGCAGUGUCACUAUCAACGAAGGUUCUCAAUUAAAGCCACAAAUUGAAGCCAUUCAACAGGAAAUUGAGCGCCUGCUCGUUUAAUUUUAAGCAUAGACAUAUUUAUUUUUUAAGUGAACAAUUUUUCAAUAAAACUAGCUGUAGCAAGAA